AUGCCGCACGCUGUGAUUCAUAUGCCGGCCGGGGCCGGCGGUCCUGGGAGGCCGGUCUACGGACGCGGAGGUCAGCUGAACGAGGGGCAGAACCGCGGCAUCCGGCUCGGGUGCUGCCGGGUUUGCACCUGCGUCAAUCUGCACUUCUUCCUCUCGAAGAACGGGCUGCUCAAGUGUUUCGAGCUCGUCCUCGGCUGGUUCUGCCAGACGAUGCUGAUCCAGUUCGGGCUCGACACGGCCAAGGACAUUGGUGACGCGUUCCUCGGCUUCCUCACCACCUGCUCCGCCUUCCUGCUGACCACCACCAUCCUGGUGCUGUGUUACACCGUCUCCAGCCGGACCUUCCAUCUCGUGCGCCAGUCGAUCUUCGAAGUGGUCUACAAUGGGUUAGGCUGCGCCAUGUAUCUGAGCGCUGCCUCGUAUCUUGGGUUCGCCGUCAACGUGUUCCUGUAUCCGAAGUUCCUGAUCUUCAAAAACACCGGCGGAAUCCACAGCGCGUAUCCCGCCAUGACGGCCGUCUACUACAUGGGCGGCAUCGUGGGCCUGGUGUACGGGGUGGACGCGUUCGUCGCCUACCGGCAUCUCAAAGGAUACUCGUAA